ACCACCACUGUCCAGGCAGCGGCCGGUACAGCAGGGCAUAGCGGCACAGGCAGACAGUUUGAUAUUAACGGUGUCGAUAAAAUAGCACGCGCAAAACGUUUGUGGACGACGUGACGGCUGUGCAGAGGGGAUCGAAUAGCAAGGCGCGGCGAGCGUUGUGGUGUUGGGUAGCGUGAUGGAUGCGCGCGGCGAUGCUCGCCCCGCUGGUGGCGGCCUCGGCGGCACCACGCCGCGGCGGCCACUCGCACACUCGGGGCUCAAGAUGGCGGCCGUGGCGACGGAGCCAAUGAACCCGCCCGCCAAGAAAUACGGCUCGGUGGUCAUCACCCUCGAGAACGUCCUCCUGCCGCCGGAGAAGCUGUCGCCGAGCCCGUCGCAGCAGGAUGGCCUGGACGCGGACAUCGAGAUGGACCUGCGGAUCCUGGGCUGCGAGCUGAUCCAGACGGGCGGCAUCCUGCUGCGUCUGCCACAGGUGGCCAUGGCAGCCGGCCAGGUGUUGUUCCAGAGAUUCUAUUAUGCCAAGUCCAUGGUACGCUAUCCCAUGGAGACCACCGCCAUGGCCUGCAUUGCCCUCGCCUCUAAGAUCGAGGAGGCGCCGCGCAAGAUACGCGAUGUCAUCAAUGUCUUCAACCACGUCAGACAAGUCAAGAAUGGAAAGACCAUCCAGCCAGUGAUCCUUGACAGCAACUACAUUGCCCUCAAAAACCAGGUGAUCAAGGCCGAGCGGAGGCUGCUGAAGGAACUGGGCUUCUGCUGCCACGUCAAGCACCCACAUAAGAUCAUUAUCAUGUACCUGCGUCUGCUGGAAGCGGAUGACAACCGGCGGCUGGCCCAGUCCUCAUGGAACUACAUGAACGAUGCCCUUCGCACCGACGUGUUUGUGCGCUACAGUCCUGAGACCAUCGCCUGCGCCUGCAUCUGGCUGGCGGCACGGCUGCUCAAGGUGCCUCUGCCCGAACAGCCGCCAUGGUACCUGGUGCUGCGCGUCAAGCAGGAACACAUAGAGGACGUUGCCGCCUCCAUACUCAGGCUAUACACCAGGAAAAAGGUUAAGUUGGAGGCACUGGAGACGCGUGUCGAGGAGAUCCGCAAGGAGCAGCAGGAGGCUCGGCUGCGCAGCAAGGUGGUUGCCUCCAUCGUCACCCCCCAGACCAACACUGCCUUCAGCCCCGCCUCCAGGGCCAACUCCCCCAGCAAGCCGGCCUCACCUGCACGCAAGCGAUCCUCCUCCCCAGACAGGAACUCCGGCAGGAAGCGUAGUGGCGGCAGCAGCGGCAGUCGGUCUAGGAGUGGGACGCGCAGUCACUCCCACUCCCCUCACAACCGCCGCUCAAGGAAGAAGCAACGCAGGGACUCUCGCUCCUCACGCUCACACUCAAGGUCGCGCUCCAGGUCUCGGUCACGGUCAAGGUCGCGGUCGAGGGAUAAACACCGCGGGGGGAACAAAAAUAAAUACUCGCGCACCCCCUCACCCGCUGUCACCCCCCCACCGAGAUUCACCAAGAACAAGGAGAAGGGCCUCAUCGUCCGCUCUCGGUCACGCUCACACUCCCGCUCACCGCCACGGAACUAUGACAAGUAUGACCGCUACGACAAGUAUGAGAAGGUGGACCGCUACCCACAGAAGGGCAGCGGCGGUGGUGGGGGUGGAAGUGGUGGUGGUGGUGGUGAGAGGUACGAGAAGAAUGACCGCUACAUCAGGGAGGAGAAGAGUAGCAGCGGCGGCAGCAAUAAAUACGAGAACUCCAGCAGUAAGGACAAGACGGACAAGUAUAACAAGUACAACAGCACCUCGUCCUCCGCUGUCUCCGCCGCCACCGCAAAGUUUGACCGCUACGACGUGGACAAGAAGAAGUACGACCGCGACGACAACAAGAAGUAUUACGACAAUGGCUUCGGCAAACCCCACAAGGCGAAAAAGAACGGCCGCCACAGGUCACGUUCCAGGGACCGGCGGCGGUAGGCUGGUCCUGCCCACUCCGCUGAUGCCACCCCUGUAACUGCCCUCCCCUACCCCCAGGGACACGGUAACCUUUCGAGGCCUCACCAGUUUUCCUCCGCAUAAUUGAUAAGAUGUUUUGAACUCUAUUUUAUUGAUGUUUUUUUAUGGUACCAUUUGUAUAUUUAUGUAAAUAUAUAUAUUAUGUAUAUAUAGAGAGAUUAUAUUAUAUAUAUGAAUACCAUAUAUACCUAUCAUUGUAACCAAUUCCUUGCCAAUCAGUUCUAGACCAUGCUUGCUUGGCUGCCUGUGUGUGUAGUGUAGCCUUCCUGCCUUACUACCAAGGCAAAUAAAGAUCAUCUUAUUUUUCUAAUGCCAACAAUCAUGAGGUGUGUUGACCAAUUCAUACGCAGCAUUCCACCUAGCACUCUUAGCAGGGAAAAAAGAUGGAAAAUUGAGCUGAGGCACAGGAAUGAAAUACAGAAUAUGCUUGUGUAAAAGCCAAUCCCUUUAAAGUUGACUUCCCCUUCCAAGGCUGCAGAAUAAACUUAACCCUCAGGAUAAUAGUAUCCAUGGUAAAGUACAAGUAAGAGUGAAGAACAAAGUAAAAACCUAACUUGAACUUGACUAAAAAAAAUAAUCACAAUAAACAACUAAAUUUUAUGCGAGUAUAUACAACAUUGUCAAAAGAAAGUACAUCAUUUACAUUAUUUUUUAACUAAUUUUUAUACAACUUAAUUUUCCACAGUAAUCUUUUCCCCUGCUCUGAGUUGAUUGCCGUGGUGCGUACCGAGCAGCUGACAGACACACACGGUCCAUAUUCUUAAAUGUAUCAGACUCCCAUUACAACUAUUUUUCAAGGCCACAGAGAGGAUUAACUGGGUUUUGAUGGGUCAGCAUGUGUAAGAGUACCCAACAUACCUUCCUAUCCUUUCCCCCUUCCAGUUCAAGGUGCACAAGUCGGGUCAAACUAUCACUAGGAUUGCAAAACAGUCCAUGAAAAGCCCAGGAACUCCUACAAGAGACUUUUUAAAGGCAGAGGUGCUGAUACAUUUAAGAAUAUGGGCCACACGGUCACAUACAGUCCCUGGUGCCACACAGGGACUCGGAGGCCACAGCCAUACCCAGAGUUCAAAAGUAGACUAAGUGCUGGAGUGUAUAACAGCCACCACAACAGACGAGGGUGGCAGCCACUUGCCUGCCCUUGGUUAGGAUGCCCAUCAGGUGGUCGUUUGAUCAGGGAGAUGUUCAUCGAGUCGCACACACCAUUGUAAUUAGUGUAUAUACCCAGGUGAAAGUGCUCCUCCCUACCUCUACCCAUCCUCUCCCCUUUCAAGCUCAUAUUGUGUUUGAUUAAGUAGUAAAUUUAACCUCCAGAAAAGUGUUGCCCAUAUAAAAGACAUUGAAGAGUGCCUACCCUCCUACCCUUUCCAUAUUUGCUCCCCUUUCAAUCCCAUAAUGUAAUUGGUUGAAUAGUAAAUUUGACCUCCAGAUAAGUGCUGCUCAUGUCAAAGUUUUUAAAAGUGCCCAGCGUUCUCUACCCUCCUCCUCUGCCAUAUGUUUGAGAAGUGAAGUUUUGCCAGAGAAGAUUAAUGCUUAUGUUAAACUUGGUAUUUAAAAGUGCCCCCAUUCCAUACCUUCCUCAGCCAUAAUAUGUUUGAGAAGUGAAGUUGUGCCCCAGAAAAUUAACGCUCAUGUUAAAGUUGUUAUUUAAAAAUGCCCCCCCCUCCCCCCCCCUCCUUAGCCAUAAUAUUUUGAGAAGCAAAUUAAUGCUCCAGAAAGGUGUCAGCCAUGUCAGAUAACUGUCAAUACUUAUCAAUAGGAAUGGUAAUUGUGUUCAUGUCAGGAGAAGGAAAAUGAGUGAUGAGAUUUUAGAAGCAUGGAAGAAACAUUGUCCAAUUUUUUUUUUUUUUUUUUGUUUUUUUCAUGGCUUAAUUCAGUGCCUCCUCCAUUUACCUGACUAGUUACUGUUUUUGUUUAUUCUUUAUUUGUUAUUUCCCAUGAAAGAAACAUCAUCCAAAGUUAGCUCAUCACACUUUUUACCUUGCCUAACUUCAAUGCUUCCUCAAUUUACCCGUCUAGUUAUUGUUUUCGUUGAGGGUAUUUGUUACUCCCCAUGCAUACUUAUUGGAGGUUAUUAGCUUGUCUCGCACUCUUUUACCAUGCUUAAUUUCAGUACUUCCUCAAUUUACCUCUCUAGUUACCAUUUUUGUUGAGGGUAUUUGUUACUCCCCAUGCAUACUUAUUGGAGGCUAUUGUUUUAAUUUUUCUUUGUUAGUUCCCCUGCCACGAGUCCUGACCGAAAUGGUGUGUUUGUGUGUGUGUGUGUGAAGCAAGGAACACUCCCUUAUUCUUUUAUUUUGUGCUCCAGACCUGAUACUUUUUGCACAAGCCGACAGUUUUUAUUUAUUUUGCCGCUCCUUUAUUUAUUUAUACAUUCACUGUGUUAGGAUGACGAAGAACUUGUACGUCCAGAGGCUAUGAGAUGCAUUUGCCAUUCAGGUGGUCAGUCUUGAUGCCAAACAUAACAUUCAGGUACAAUGUUUACCUUUGCAUUACUCCCAUUUGUUGUUCUUUUCUUACUCUUUAUGGCCAUUGUGUUCUUUGCCCUCAAGUUUGCCAAGCCUUGAGGUGGGAGUGCGAAUAUGUAUCAUAGUUUUCUUUACACUAAAACCCUCUGACUUGUUGGUUCAGAGAUUACAGGGAAACUUUCUUAACACAUCAUUGAUAUUGUGUUUUAAUUUUCUUGAUUAUUGUUUGCUAUCUUUUACAUUUACUGAAGUUACUACCAUAUCUUGUGUUGGAAAAGUAAAGAUGUUCCAUUCUUUUCCACACACCCCUCAGCCAUGCCUUAAGUCGCAGGUGCAAAGUCAUACCAACAUUUUCUUUAGUUUACCAUGUUGAGUUGGAGGUGCAGUUAUGACAGGAGGACAAACUAAGCAAGGAAAGACACCGUGAACUGAUUGGCAAGGAACUGAAAGGAGGAGGAGGAGGAGGAGGACAAGGAGUGUGAGGAAUGUUAAGAGUGAUUUGGGGUUAUUUUUUGAAGAGGAAAGAAAAGAAAACAGUGCGAAACAAGGAUGAGUGUUACUGAAAAAGGCGUUCGAACAUGAGUGCUUGGAAGCGUGAGGGGAUGUGUUGAAGAGACAUGUGUAAGAACCUGAAGAUGAUACAAUGAGGUGCUUGUUGUUGUGAGUUGCAUUGAGUGUACUGAAGAGAAAAACUUAGGAACUUGAGGGUAUUAUGACUGGGAACAAGGUGUAGGAAUAUGAAGAUCAAGGGCACUGUGUAUUGAAAAGUGUAGGAACUAUGUGUAGGAAUUAUGUGAGGGGCGUAUGUUGUAGAGAGAAGCUCAUAACAAAAGAGUGUAAUGUUACUAGAAAGAGAUGCAAAGGAAUAUGAAGAUAGGAGAGAGAGGAAAGACGAGCAUGUGUUGUGUUAAGGAUUGCUGUAACAUAUUUUUGAAGAUGUCAGAAGAGUCAGAUGUUGAAGAAACCAAUAAAGCAGUGUGAGAGAAGAAGAAAAGAUAGAAGUUAAUAACAUGAAGGCAGGAAUAAGAGUGUGUGAUGCUGCCGGAAAGAGGUGCAGGAAUGUGAAGAUGGGAGAGUGAGGAAAGAUGACCAUGUAUAUUGUGUUGAGAAGCGCAGUAACUGGUUUUGUUGAGUGUGAAGGUCAUAUGUUGAAUCUCUGGGUGCGUACAAGCAGGGUAGGGAACAGGUCACUGUGCAGGGGUGGUAGGCAGAGAGGAGAGGUCACAUUUGGAGUGCUCAGGUCAGUUGGUCUGCAGCCAUGGUUCACCCACUGACAAUCUUCCUUCCACUGGAGAGAUGGGUGACUUGGAGUGUAGAGAACCCUGUUCGUGAAUGCGUGGGUGGGUGAUGUUUUUGGCUCCAUGAAAACCUAUUUUUUUAUUGUAUUUCAGUGAGAACCCCAGUGAAAUUGAGGCCAUACAGAACCCCCCCUUUUUAUCAUAAACCUUCCUCUUAUACCCCUUCAUUUUUCCUUCCUCUCUUUUUAUCUCCCUCUUGUACCCUCUCUCAUCAUCUCUUUCCUUAUGUACCUCCCUCAUUUACCCUUUCAUCUUUCAUUUUCUUCCCCCUUUUAUCUCCCUCCCUCUCUCAUCAUCCCAUUUUUCUCUCUUGUACCUCCACCUACUUCCAUCCCUCUCCCCAUCUUCUUCCUCCCCAUCAUCAAGGUUUAGAAAGUGGAGUGAACCUUUCUGUCUUAGGUUCAGGCAAGCAUGGAACCCACUGCUUCAGGAUGCCAGGAAUGGAGUGCUGAGUUCAGGGGAGAGACGGAACAUAUUUGAGGUUCAGAAACUGCAAAGGAACGCCAAAUUCUGUUGAGUCAGGUCGAGAAUUUUAUAAGAACCCCAGUUGAAUUAGGAACAAUGUAGAACCCCCUCACCCACCCCCUCCUCCAUAUUUAAGUAUUUCAGGGAACAGAAUAUACACAUACAGACAGACAGACAUGCAUAAGUACUUCUCUAUAAUAUUUUUGACUUGCAUAGUGACCUGAAAGUUGAGAGAGUCCUGAUGUUGAAAGCUCUUGAUCUACGUGUGUGUGUGUGUGUGUGUGUGUGUGUGUGUGUGUGUGUGUGAGAGAGAGAGAGAGAGAGAGAGUGCAUUACAAAUGUCGAAAUUAUUGAAAGAAAAGCAAAAACUGUGUACAUGUGUUUGCAUAUCUGUGUGUGUGUGUGUGUGAGAAUUUAUAUAUGUAUUUGCAUGGCCAACUGUAUGUGUGUGCGUGUGCAUAAGUGUACAAGGAUAUGAGAAUUCAGGGAAAACUCGAAACCGUAUAUCUGUGAAUGCAUAUAUAUGCUUUUGAAUUGUAUACUUAUGUUGUGUGUGUGACAGCAAUGACCAAGAAAAAAAUACUUAGAGCUAUGUAAGUAUUUAUGUCAGUGAUUGUGUUUUGUAUGAUUAUUAUUAUGUCAGUGAUUGUGUUUUGUAUGAUUAUUAUUAUGUCCAUCUGUGUGAGUGUAUGUUACAAGGAAAUGUGGAGAAGAAACCUGAUAUUCACAUGUGCAUCUGUUUGUGUGUGUGCAUCUUAUAAGGAUAUGUGAAGAAAUCUGUAAAUGAAAAAACUAAAACCUGUGUAUGUAUUUAUGAGUAGUGUGUGUGUGUGUGUGUGUUAAAAGAAUGUGUGAAGAAAUUGUAAAUGGAAAAACAAAUCAUGUAUGUAUUUAUGGGUAUUAUGUAGGUCUGCAUACAUGUGUGUGUGUGUGUGUGUGUGUGUGUUUGAAGGGUAUGCGAGGAACUUCAUUAAGGAAAAAAAACCUGCGAGCUGUGAUGUGUAAAUAGAGCACUGGUACCAGCCGAGCCUGUCUGUGUGUCUGUGCCGAGGAGCAAGCACGCCUGUCUGUUACCUUCGUGUUGUACAAAAUAAAUAUUUUUUAUUACC